CCCACCAGGAUCUGUCCACGACGCCCAUCGGUCGGCCGGCAGUCCGUCGUCUGAGCAGCUCCGUUGCGGACGUACAACACAGUCGGUGAGGCUCGGUGGUCAUGGCCUGCAUGAGUACGCUCUGCAAGCGACUUAAGAUGAUCUUCUCCUGGGACCGGUGGAUGACCAGGGGACGGAGGCGCGAGGUCAGGACGUCGCCCGACGGCGGCUCCCUCACUGUCAGCGUCAAUCCGUUCGCGCCCUUCGACGAGGAUUCGCUUGCCCGUACGAGGACGACGCGCGACGAGUACAAGAACGCUAGGUCGAGGAUAAUACGCAGGACCCUGCGCUUCGGCUCGUGCAGCGGCGAGUCGUCACCGGAGCGCUCGCUCUCUAUCACGAGGUCCCACGAGCCCUUGGAGCCGAGCAGCUGCUCGAGCGUCGGCCGCUACCAGUGCGAGUUCGUGGAGCUCGAGCACCUCGGCAGCGGGCAGUUCGGCUCGGUCUAUCGCUGCCUGCACCGGCUCGACGGCUUCCUCUAUGCGGUGAAGCGCAGCAAGCCGGUGGCGAGAAACCCGUACGCGCACAGACGCGCCUGUAACGAGGUCCACGCGAACGCCGCACUCGGCAGUCAGCCCCACGUCGUGCGUUACUUUUCCGCCUGGAUGGAGGAGGAGCGGCUGUCCAUACAGCAGGAGUACUGCAACGGCGGCGACCUAGCGGGCCUCCUCGCGAGGAUGAGGCGCGAGCGGACUCGCCUCGAGGAGCCGGAGCUGCGCAGACUCGUGCGACACGUGGCCGAGGGUCUGAGAUCCAUACAUCGCAUGAAGCUGGCGCACAUGGACAUCAAGCCGGACAAUGUGUUUAUCUGCAGGAGCAAGGUGUGGAAGUCGCGGUUGCGCGUCGAUCUUGUCGGCAAUGGCGACGACCUGGCUGAGGAAAUUAUUUAUAAGAUCGGCGACUUAGGACACGUUACUUCGAUCGUUAAUACCAAGGAGCUGGAGGACGAGGGCGACUGCAGGUACUUAUCGCGAGAAAUAUUGCGCGAGGACUUUAGGGACCUGACGAAGGCUGACAUCUUCGCUUUUGGACUGACGAUCUACGAGGCCGCGGGUGGCGGUCCCUUGCCGAAAAACGGACCCGAAUGGCACGACAUCAGAAACGGAAACGUGAAGAAAAUAACGCAUUGCAGUAACGAGCUCGACGAACUUAUCAAGAUAAUGAUUCAUCCGGACCCGGAAAAAAGACCAUCGGCAGCCAAUCUCGUGAAGCGCGAAUUCCCGAUUAACCAAUGUGGCCCAACAACAAACAUAUAAAGUGUCUUAGUCUUAAAACCAAUUAAAUAAAUAAUUAGUUUAUUUAUGCGAUUUAUAACAUAUUGUUGACCAUGGACAUACCAAAUCUAAUAAUAGUAUGUUAGAUGUGAUUUUCAUAUA